CUGGAUGAAUAGGAUUUUCGAGGGAUCAUUAUGAUAAGGGUUUUUAGUGCAUAUGAAUUUUGCACGUGUCACAGUUCUUGAGAUUUGUUUGAUUUAAUGAAUGAAGUGGGGGAGUUGCACAGCAGUGUAUUUCAGACAACGUUUCAAUAAAAUAAACCAGCUCCACAAUUUUUCUUGGAUCGUCCUCCCUGUUGCCAUAGUUCGCUCUAUGCACUGCUAUGAUCAAAUAAUUAAGAGUUUCUGGUUACAGUAAGUGAAGCAUUCCAACUGAUCAUCGGCAAAAGUUUGAAGAAAUGGGAUCACUCACAGAUCCAUACUCACUGAGAUCUGUAGCUGGUUUGCCUGCACCCUUUCGUUCCACUUUUAGUUUCAGGUAUUUUAAUUCCUUGCAAAGCGAAUGCUAUUCCGGUUGUUUCCUCUCAGAUAUAAACAUGUCAUGUUCAGCACCAACUGGAAGUGGUAAAACGGUGCUCUUCGAGCUGUAUUUGAGACUUCUCUCAAGGUUCCUUUCACAGGAGGGAAUUAAUCACAUAAAAGGAAGCCUUAAAACAAUCUAUAUAGCUCCGUCGAAGGCUUUAGUGCAAGAAAAGCUCCGUGAUUGGAAUAUGAAGCUUGGUUCAUGGGGAAUUAAUUGCUUGGAGAUGACUGGGGACAGAGAAUUUUAUGAGAUAAAAAAUAUACAAGAGGCAGAUAUCAUUCUUACCACUCCUGAGAAAUUUGAUGCUGUCACCCGUCAUGGCAUAAGGGGUGGUGGCUUAAGUUUCUUUAGUGAUAUUGCACUCGUACUUAUCGAUGAAGUUCACCUGCUUAAUGACCCUCGUGGAGCUACCUUAGAAGCAGUGAUUAGCAGGAUAAAAAUGCUUUCUCGCAUCUCAGAGAUGAGCUCUAGUCCUUUGUCGAAUGUUCGCUUCCUUGCAGUUUCAGCCACAAUUCCAAAUAUACAGGACCUAGCGGAGUGGCUGUUUGUUCCGCCUGAAGGAUCAAAAAGAUUUGGAGAAGAGAUGAGGCCAGUAAAGUUGAUGACCAAGGUUUAUGGUUAUGCUCCAGCAAGAAAUGACUUUUUGUUUGAAAAGCGCCUUCAAAAUUUUGUUUUUGAUAUCCUCAUGCAACAUUAAGGAAAAUCUGCGCUAGUCUUUUGUUCUACCAGAAAAGGAGCACAAGAAGCUGCACAGUGCCUCUCUCAGACUGCAAUGAACCUCGGUUGCUCAAAUCCAUUUAUAAAAUCCAAACAACAACAAGAAAGACUAAAGGAUGCUUCGUUAUCUUGCAGUGAUAAAAAUAUGCAAUCAUGCAUUCUUUAUGGUGUUGGUUAUCAUAAUGGUGGGCUUUGCUUGAAGGAUCGAAACCUGAUCGAGGGUCUUUUUCUGAAGGGUGAUCUCCAAAUUCUUUGUACUACAAACACUCUUGCACAAGGGGUCAACUUACCUGCACACACAGUAGUAAUCAAAUCAACACAAUAUUUCAACAAAGAAAAGGGCCUCUACUUGGAAUAUGAAAGGUCUAUGGUAUUGCAGAUGUGUGGCAGGGCAGGCCGUCCACCAUUUGAUGAUACUGGAACAGUUGUCAUCAUGACAAGAAGAGAAACAGUUCACUUGUAUGAGAAUCUCUUAAAUGGAUGUGAAAUGGUGGAGUCUCAGUUGCUUUCAUGCGCAAUAGAGCAUCUGAAUGCUGAGAUUGUUCAGAUGACAGUCUCUGAUAUAAGCAUGGCAAUUGAGUGGCUGAAGUGUUCAUACUUGUAUGUCCGGAUAAAGAAGAAUCCUGAAAACUAUGGAAUUAAGAGAGGAAUUCCUCAUGAACGCCUAGAAAAGCAUUUACGAGAAAUAUGCGUUCAAAAAAUCAAUGAGUUAUCAGAAUAUGGAAUGAUUUGGACAGAUGAAGAUGGUUUCCUUCUAAAACCAUUAGAACCUGGAAGACUGAUGACAAAAUAUUAUUUGAAAUUUGACACAAUGAAACUUAUGGUCAAAGCUCCUGGAAGUUCCAACUUGGAAGAUGUCCUUCAAAUCAUUUGCCGCUCUGAGGAGCUUUCGUGGAUCCAGCUGAGACGCAAUGAAAAGAAGCUUCUGAAUGACAUAAACUCUGAUAAAGAAGGUCGACUUCACUUUCAUGUCAUUGGCGAGAAUGGAAAAAGGAAAAAGCGUAUGCAGACAAGAGAGGAAAAGAUAUUUGUACUAGCAAAUGACUGCUUGACGGGUGAUCCUUCAGUUCACGAUUUGUCCCUAAACCAGGACAUGAACUCAAUAUGCUCGAAUGGGUGUAGGAUUGCCAAAUGCAUGAAAGAGUGUUUUAUGUACAGAAAGAGCUACAAGGGAGCUAUAAAUUCUAUACUUCUUGCUAAAUGUUUACACCAGAAACUAUGGAAUGAUAGUCCUUACUUGCUGAAACAACUCCCUGGCAUUGGAAUGGUCACGGCAAAGGCACUAAAUUCAGCAGGAAUUAAUUCAUUUGAAAGUAUGAUAGAAGCUGAUCCCAGAAAAAUAGAAAUAAUAACAGGUCGCAAAUAUCCAUUUGGAAACCAUAUCAAAGAAUCUCUACUAUCGCUUCCUCCGAAGGUUGAGAUACAGAUAAAAGAGGUUGAGUGCAAAAGGCAAGGGAAAUCAAAGUUGAUAAUAACAUUAACUCGUGUGCCACACACAGUUGCAUCCAGCAAACACCACUAUGCUGAUAUGAUGGUUGGCUCGGAAGAAGAUAAUAUGAUUCUCUUUCAUGAAAGAGUGAGAGCUGAAGAAUUUUCCAGCCCCUAUGUUGCUACGCUUCUCGUGUCGUGCCCUCAAAAUGCGCGGGUAACUGUAAAGGCUGAUCUUAUUUUUGAAGAAUAUGUCGGUCUCGAUGUCCAUGAAAAGUUUGUAAUUACCAGGGAAUCCAGUUUUACUAAGACACAUGAGCAUGGAAGUAAAGCAACGACAAUUUCUUAUUCCCUCCCCAAAGAUAUUUAUGUCAUAGAAGAUGAUGACAAGAACGGACCUCAAGCCACAGCCGGGGAUACUCAGUUUUUAAGCAACUCAGACAGGGUCCAGUCUUCAGUACCCAGCUUUGAUCUCCUACAGGAAGAAACUGAUGAAGAGUUGUUCGCUCCUAAACCCGGAGAAAUUGAGAACAAAAUCCAGAGCGAGGACAUGAUAUUCGACCACAUUCGCAAGAAGUCUAAAAAUUUUCCAACUCUUUUGACGUCAGAGGCAAUGGAUUCUUCGCACCAGCCACUGAUCCUGACAAGAAAAGGGACUCCUCAAGCAAACCAUUUCGAGCAGAAUGUGAUUCUGAUAGAUUCUGAACCUGCCGAUGCCUCUCCAAAGCUCACUAAAGAAAUUAACUUUUCACUCGAGACAAAGGGAAGCUGCAAGAAAAUCACCGGAAGCUCAAGCAACAUUUCGGUCAGAGAGUUUUCCAGCAAAUUUACAGGUGACUCGAAUGGGGGAUCGCUCACCUACGAUGACCUGCUGGAGGGUGUCGAAACGGCGGGCUGCAAGAGUGCCUCCCCUAUAGAACUAGAUCCAGUUCAUAAUAGGCCAGAUGUCCAGCAGCACCGUUCGUUUGAACCACCAGGUGAUCGGAGGGAAGUGUCUUUCCUUGGGUUCAAGAGUGUCUUCUCAUUUCUGUGAUUGAUGACUGGAUAGAUCUGCUGCUUAUUAGAAAGCAACUCUCUACCAGAUAAUGGCAUUCCUCACAGGCUCUCUUCUUCUUCCUCCUGUGUGGAAUGGUAAAAACACGCCCAAAUUCAGUUACUCAUUUUGCACUUUGAGGGAGCCGAUGUACUACCGGAAAGGCUGUAGAAGCUUACAGGCAUCUGCAUUCAUACCGUCGAAGGUAUAGUCUUUUGACUUCUUUACAGAUUCACGCACUCAUAUUAAGGUCUCUAAGUUGACCGCACGGAGGCGGCAAAAUGGUUGGAAAUUGCUACUAAUAACCUUCCAACGUACGUUUAAUCCUUCAGCGUCUCUGUAGCUAGGGCCUGGGCCAGGUUUCCCCAUGCUUUUAAGAUUAGAAGCAAACGAUUUUAAGACGGUAGCCUAGCUUCAAUCUGGAAUGAUUCUUGAUAUAGGUAAUUACACUUCAUGGCAACGGUACACCUGUAGAUAUCAUGAUGGAUGACCUUAUACCAUGAUGGAUGAUCUAAUCCUGUGUGGGAUAAGCGAUGGGUUGCAAUGGAUCUUUCACAGGUGAAACUCCAAGGAGAAUUGCCUCAAUUCUCAUACCGGUCCGCCUAUCAAACAAGCAGGUCAUGCCUUUCCCAGCGCACUCUCCUUUCCAAAGUACCAUAACCGCAAUAGCCGAGUGGUUCCUAACCGUGAGCGGUCAAUUAUGAAAAUGCAAUCUCAGUUGUACUUAUAGCCCACCGAACAAGAGAUGCUAAUUUCCAUGUUAAAUCAUCACCAUACACGAUCCAUCUUCUCUAUGUUGGAUAUACCACAAGAUUUUUCACAAGAAUUUGUUGGAAAAUCAUAAGAAAAAGCAAGAGAACCCCUCCCAACGAUACCCUUUUACCACCAAGCUUUUUAUCUAGAAUGGGUAACUCUAAUAUAAUUAAGGUUCUUCUCAAUAGCACCCUGAUAUCAGAACAACCAACAAUGUGAUU